AUGCCUGUUGUUCAUCUGCUGGAUUAUGUAGCGGGAAAUAUUCGAUCCCUCGUUAACGCCAUUGAGAAGGUUGGUUAUCAAGUUGAAUGGGUGAAGUCUCCAGAUGACGUGCAGAAUGCGGAGAAACUUAUUUUGCCUGGUGUUGGCCACUUUGGGUACUGUUUAACCCAACUCUCAAAGGGGGGAUUUCUUGGGCCAAUAAGAAACCAUAUAGCUUCUGGAAAGCCAUUUAUGGGCAUCUGCGUUGGCUUGCAGGUUCUCUGCGAAGGCUCUGCAGAGGAUCCAACAGAAUCGGGUUUGGGGUUAAUACCUGUCCGUCUAGCGAGGUUUGACUCUACCGGUAAGAGUGUCCCGCACAUCGGAUGGAACUCAGCCAAAUGUCCCAGCAAAAGUCCAGAGAAAUAUACCAGUUUCUAUGGGCUUCAUCCACAAAGCAAAUACUACUAUGUUCAUUCAUAUGCGGCUCCCUACAAUGAAAAGGUGCUUGCGGACCAAGGAUGGGCAGUUGCAACCGCAACGUAUGGGGAUGAAACAUUUAUUGGUGCCAUCGGCCGUGAUAACAUUUUUGCGACGCAAUUUCAUCCUGAGAAAAGCGGCAAAGCCGGCCUCCGCACGCUUGAGGCUUUCCUGAAUGGGAAAAGUAUCCAAAGUUUGGACGCCCCUUCAAAUUCUACACUUGUUAGUGGUCUGACAAGGCGAGUCAUUGCAUGUUUGGAUGUCCGCGCCAAUGACAAUGGGGACCUAGUAGUAACGAAGGGCGAUCAAUAUGACGUCCGGGAGAAGAGCGGGUAUGAGAGUGGAGGGCAAGUCAGAAAUUUAGGGAAACCUGUUGAGAUGGCGAAACGUUAUUAUGAACAAGGCGCGGACGAGAUUACUUUCUUGAAUAUUACUUCUUUCCGAAAUUGCCCUGUGGCAGAUGUUCCAAUGCUGGAAAUUCUUCGGCGAACGUCAGAAACCGUUUUCGUACCCCUGACAAUCGGAGGCGGCAUUAGGGAUACUGUGGACACCGAUGGCACUAAAAUUUCAGCGUUGGACAUCGCGACGAUGUACUUCAAGUCUGGGGCUGAUAAGGUCAGCAUUGGAUCAGAUGCAGUUACCGCUGCUGAGCUCUACUAUGAAAACAACUGCACACUCAGCGGUGGCACCGCAAUCGAGACCAUAUCGAAGGCCUACGGCAAUCAAGCGGUUGUUGUCAGUGUCGAUCCUAAAAGGAUUUAUGUUAGUAAGGCGGAAGAUACAACCCAUCGGACAAUUCGAACCCAAUAUCCGAAUGAGGCCGGCCAAGAAUAUUGCUGGUAUCAAUGUACCAUUAAAGGAGGCAGGGAAGCCCGGGAUGUGGAUGUUUACCAGCUUAUUAAUGCAGUAGAGGCCAUGGGGGCAGGAGAAAUCCUUCUUAACUGCAUUGAUAAGGAUGGGAGCAAUAGCGGGUUUGAUAUCGAGCUCAUCAAUGAUGUGAAAUCUUUUACAACCAUUCCGGUUAUUGCAUCGAGCGGUGCGGGUAGCCCCAGUCACUUCGAGGAAGUUUUUAGGAAAACCACUACCGACGCAGCUUUGGGAGCUGGCAUGUUCCACCGAAAUGAGUACACUGUGAAAGACGUUAAGGAAUACUUGACAUCUAAAGGGCUUCUCGUCCGUGAGAAUGAAUAA